GGGAGGCAGCAACAUCAGCAGUCAGUCAGGCAGGCAGGCAGGCAGGCAGGCGGGGAGAGUCCAAGCUCCAUUAUUUCGUUCUUUCUUUCUUUCUUUCUUUCCUUCCUUCCUUGCUUCCUUGCUUCCAUUCCACUGAAGUCCGACCAGCAGCAGCGUUUGGCGUCUUAAAUGAGCCAUGGCGCGUCUUCACCACUUCGAACAAGUGAGGGCGAUCCGCGAGUACGGACUUUAUGGACAGAAUGGCGACAAAUAAGCGCCACACUUUGAAUUCGAAGCUGUGUUGAAUGUCCGAAGCCGUUCCGCGGAUACAUCGGCGACCAACCACCGAGCUGCUGUCACCCGGAAGGCCGGCGACGCACCGGGCGGGGAUUUAACUUUCUCCCUCGCGGACGGAUGGACUGAACCGACGCGUAGCUAUCGAACAGCGGGGAGGGGGGUGAACUCGUCUCCGUUGGGUAAGAAUGGAUUCUUUCAUUGGAAGCGAAGAAUGCUUGGCAACCGUGAGAGCUCUGGAGCUGAGGGCCGGCCGCAAGGAGCCCAGGCUGCUGUCACUAAUCGAACGUGGUGGACACUUUAUACUCGGCGUGCUGGCAACUCCCGACGCUGUCGCGGCUCGUCCGGUGGCUCAGCUGUCCAUACCCAUUAAUGGGAAAUUUCAAAUUGUAAAAGAGGGUGAGGAGGCGCUUCUUAUUGACUUCUCCCUAGUCUCUGGACUCAAAAUCCGAAUAAAAGGAGAAAAAGCCCCAGAACUCUUGUUAGAACUGCAGGAUGACGAACGCACGCAGACUUUCCUCACCCAGGUGAUUAGCGCGCAACAACAAGUUCAGUUGAAUUCCACCGAGCCCAGUCCGAUGGACCCGUUGGCACAAAUCCCACAAAGGGGAGGUCGAGUCCCCGUCCCGCCUCAGAGAGGACACAAGACUGGCAACAAUGUGGACUCUGAAGUCACCGCACCCAGUUUGACUCGCACACUGCCCUCUGCCCUUGACGGCGGCCUAAUGACACAUCAGGCGAAUGCAGCCCAGUCUCUGGCCUCGGACUUCGGCUUCGAGGAGAACUUCAAUCACACUUUGAAAGUGGAGGAAAAGAAGAACCACCAAAACAUGAUAGCCGCCUCUCGGGAUCCUCCCCCCGUUCCUCCUCUUCCUCCCCGCAAAGCGUCCUUCACUCCGUCUUAUCAGCUGCCUCCCACUCCCCUCCCUAUAGAGAGGGCCUCAUCUCAGGCCAAAGACAACUCCACUGGUAUCACCAGACCGGAUAGUCUUAGGUCGAGCUUCGAUCGGACGGAGAGGUCGCCGUCCUGGUGCGAAAGUCCCACCACGAACACCAUGAGACAGGCCAUGUUCUCCACCCAGGCGGGACAGAGGGAAUACCUCAUCAAACACCGCCUGGGAAAGAAAGAAAAUGAAUACGUGGACAUCCAGAACUUCAGGUUCUUCAGCGGCACGUGGAAUGUGAACGGGCAGUCUCCAGACAGCAGGCUCGAGUCGUGGCUCUCUUGUGACGCGGAUCCUCCUGAUCUGUACGCCGUUGGUUUUCAAGAGUUGGACCUGAGCACUGAAGCCUUCUUCUACAUGGACUCCUCCAAGGAGCAACUCUGGGUGGAGGCAGUUGAAAGAGGCCUGCACCCUAAAGCCCAGUACAAGAGGGUUCGCAUCAUUCGACUGGUCGGAAUGAUGCUGGUGGUCUUUGUCAAUAAGAUACACAAGAAACAUAUGAAAGAAGUGGCGGCGGAACAUGUCGGAACCGGAAUCAUGGGCAAAAUGGGGAACAAGGGCGGUGUGGCAGUGAGGUUUGUGUUCCACAACACCAGCUUCUGCAUCGUCAACUCGCAUCUUGCGGCGCACGUGGAGGACUUUGAGCGUCGCAAUCAGGACUACAAAGACAUUUGCGCCCGCAUGACCUUCCACCUACUGGACCACCCGCCUCUUAGUAUCCACAAGCACGAUGUCGUCAUCUGGUUUGGCGAUUUAAACUAUCGCCUCUUCAUGUACGACGCUUCUGAGGUCAAAUACCUCAUUUCCCAGAAUGAGCUGAAGAAGCUUCAGGAGUUUGAUCAGCUGAACAUUCAGCGACAGACCAAACGAGCAUUCACAGACUUCAUCGAAGGAGAAAUCAACUUCGUCCCAACUUACAAAUACGAUUCCAAAACAGACAGAUGGGACUCGAGCGGGAAGUGCCGCGUUCCGGCGUGGUGCGACAGGAUCCUGUGGCGGGGCAACAAUGUCAAGCAGCUCAAGUAUCGCAGUCACAUGGAGCUGAAAACAAGUGACCACAAACCGGUUAGCUCCAUCUUCGAGAUCGGGGUGAAGGUGGUCAAUGAGCAGCGCCAGAAAAAGGUUUUUGAGGAGAUUGUCCGCGCCAUGGACAGAAUAGAGAACGAUUUUCUUCCCUCGGUCUCUCUGAGCCGGAGAGAGUUUGCAUUUGAGAACGUGAAGUUCCGGCAGCUCGAGAGGGAGCGUUUGCUCAUCAAGAACGACGGGCAGGUCCCUUGCCACUUCGCCUUCAUCCCCAAGCUCAACGACUCGCAGUACUGCAAGUCGUGGCUGCGUGCCGAGCCCAGCGAAGGAUUAUUGGAACCCAAUGAGACCCUGGAGAUCUACCUGGAGGUCUACGUGAGUAAAGACUCGGUCACGCUGCUCAACUCGGGCGAGGACCGCAUCGAAGACAUCCUGGUGCUGCACCUGGACCGAGGCAAGGACUACUUCAUCACCAUCUGCGGCAACUACCUGCCCAGCUGCUUCGGCACCUCGCUGGGCGCCUUGUGCCGGAUGAAGAAGCCCAUCCGGGAGAUCCCCAUCACCAACCUCAUCGACUUGGAAAAGUCCAAAAUGAACUUCCUGUUGGCGGACGGCGCAAGCACAGAAGACAAACCUCUGAGGAUCCCCAAGGAGGUCUGGAUUCUGGUCAACCACCUCUUCACCAAGGCUUGUGAUCAGGAGGACCUGUUCCAAACGCCAGGAUUAAAGGAGGAGCUCCAGAGCAUCAUCGACAGCCUGGACACCAGCAUUCCGGACGUCGUCCCCGGUUGCAACCACUCUGUGGCCGAGGCUCUCUUGAUCUUCUUGGAGGCCUUGCCCGAGCCCGUUGUGUGCUACGAACUCUACCAACGGUGCUUGGACUGUGCUCACGACAGCCGCCUCUGCAAGCAGGUGAUCUCCCAGCUGCCCCCGGCCCACAGUAAUGUGUUCCGCUACUUGAUGGGUUUCCUGAAGGAGCUGCUCAAGCACGCGCACAACAACAACCUCACAGCCAGCCUCGUCGCCACCAUCUUUGCCAGCCUCCUCAUCAGACCUCCCCCCCGCGUGGCGAGCCGACAGUCGUCGCACGAGCGGCAGAAAGCCGUUGACUUUGUCUUGGGUUUCCUCAUGGCGGGCGAUGACGAGUAACCGUCGGAGCCAAAGAGCGACCCUUCACUUUUCAUCUGGCGGAUGGCAAACUUCCACGUCCGAGAUCCCCGAUGCCUCGCUGUGGGGAGUCCUUUAGCCAUUCUGGGAGUUUUACCAAGUUGUCGUCGUCAGUGGCCGCUGUCUGCGUUUACAAGCACUUUGGGGAGCUGUGAACGGAUGUUGCCAUGACCUCAAGGAUCUGCGCCUCCAGAAUCGGCUUCAUCCUCGUUCUUAACAGACUCAAAACGGAAGAGAGCGGCUGGCAUGUUCAAACACUAUCCUUCAUUGCUGUGCUAGCGUACCUCUCCCAGAAGUCGCAUAUUCAUAUCGUUUUGAUGAGGAUUAUCCUGAAAUUCCUCCCAAAUCCUGUAUUCCGAACUCUUGCGCAUACCACCGGAAUUCCGAUAAUACACACGAUAAUCACUUGUAGGUUGACGGGGUCCAUCUUCUGAUCCGACUCUUGUAUCGGAAGUUUUGGAAUCGAAACGUCCAUCGCAAUAUGACAAGAUUUCAUGGCGAGGGUUUGCUGUGAUCUUUGUGUGAGAAUCCGAAUCAAGUUUGUCCCGUUCCUCUGGACUAGCAGACAAGUUUUUCCAAUCGAUGCGCCGACUUCCUGCUCCGAGGCAACAUUGCAGCCUGUUGUCCUCAAGGCCGUAAAUAGCAUUUGUUUACCUUUUUGGUGUGACGUUAUGAAAGUGGUACUAUCUACACGUGUGUAUUUGUUUAGCGCCUACGUUUUGCUGCUCUCGGUCUACGGUUUUGAGUCUCGUCUCACGCUCUUUUCCCCCUGGCUGCAAUUCCACGAGGUAAAAGUGACGCAAGAUAUUCGGGUGCAGGUUUUGCAAUGUUUGUCUGUCUCAUCACGUGACUUGCUGGAGUUCAUAGACCAAUCAGAUCGCGGGCAAUUAAACCGUGCGUACGAGCGUGAUGGUGAGACAGAUUUGAAAUGAACGGGUUAUUUUCAUUCAUUGCUACACAUUUUUGCUUUGGCUUGUGACGCUCCGUCUUAAAAGUGAGCACAUGAUGGAACUGCUGAUAAUCAUGCUUGUAGUUUGAAAUCGUUUUUUUGUUGCCGUCACAGUUGGGAGAAAACAACACAAUUUGGGAGAAACAUUACGUAUGCUUUCUUUUUUUUUUUUUUUUAAUUGCUCUGUGCUCAUAUACUUUAUGAAUCCCAUUUUCCGUCUCCCCUGAAAUCAAAACCUCAAACUCGAAUGUUGUCGAAUGCGAGUGGAUUGUGCGUAUUUAUGGGAAUUUGUUGUGCAGAAUCGUGGUCACCACCUGCUCCUUAAUGAAGAACCAACACUUUGCAUUCAUCAUAGCUUCUUUGGUACUUUUUAAUUUAUUUAACAGAAAUA